AUGGUUCAUCACUACAUCAUUCUACUCUUCUGCUUAUGCUUAUGUGCCUCAAUUUCAGCCCAUCAACAUGAACACGACCCUUCAAUCAUCUCAACCAUGGAACAAUUUUCCGGUUACUCAAUCCACGAACCCACUUCCAUCUCUUCACUAUCUGUUGACGCCCAGGGUCUGCAGAACCAGAUUGAUCAACUUUCAGGAUUUUCCGACGCUCCCGCUCCAGCAGUAACCAGGGUUUUGUAUACUCACAAAGAUGUUUUAGCCCGAAGGUAUGUAAAAAAGCUCAUGGGGAUUGCUGGUCUAUCCGUGAGAGAGGAUGCUGUUGGUAACAUAUUUGGUCGUUGGGAUGGCAGUGAACCCGAGCUUGCUGCAGUUGCAACAGGUUCGCACAUAGAUGCUAUACCUUAUUCGGGAAAAUACGACGGAGUUGUUGGUGUUUUGGGGGCUAUUGAAGCCAUCAAUGUCUUGAAAAGGUCUGGCUUCAAACCUAGAAGAUCAUUGGAAGUCAUAUUAUUCACAUCAGAAGAACCGACGCGCUUCGGAAUAAGUUGCUUAGGAAGUCGCUUAUUGGCUGGGAGUGAGAAUCUUGUAAAUACUCUAAAGACAAUAACUGAUAGUCAGAAUAUAUCCUUCUUAGAUGCUGCAAGGUCUGCUGGAUACGCAAAAGAUGAAAAUGAUUUAUCGAGUGUGUUUUUAAAGAAGGGAACAUAUUCUGCUUUUGUAGAACUGCACAUAGAACAAGGGCCUAUUCUGGAGGAUGAAGGCAUAUCUAUAGGCAUAGUCACUGCCAUUGCAGCUCCAGCAAGUCUAAGGGUUGAAUUUGAAGGCAAUGGUGGCCAUGCAGGUGCCGUCCUCAUGCCUAACAGAAAUGAUGCUGGUCUUGCAGCCGCUGAAUUAGCUCUGGCUGUUGAGAAACAUGUCUUGGAAUCUGGAUCUAUUGAUACUGUUGGCACUGUUGGUAUCCUGGAACUGCAUCCUGGAGCAAUCAAUAGUAUCCCUAGCAAAUCACACAUAGAAAUUGACACUAGGGACAUCGAUGAGGAAAGAAGAAACGAAGUUAUUGAUAAAAUCCAUGAAACAGCAAUUAGAAUAACCAAAACACGAGGUGUCAAGCUCUCCGAGUUUCAUGUCGUCAAUCAGGAUCCACCGGCUCCAUCUGAUAAAGCAGUCAUCAAUGCAAUGGAAACUGCAACAAAAGAGCUAAACUUGACGAGCAAGUUGAUGAUUAGUCGAGCCUAUCACGACUCUUUGUUUAUGGCCAGGGUGUCUCCAAUGGGCAUGAUUUUCAUUCCAUGCUACAAAGGAUACAGUCAUAAGCCUGAAGAAUAUUCUAGUAUUGAAGACAUGUCAAAUGGUGUAAAAGUAUUGGCUUUCACCUUAGCCAAAUUGUCCCUUCAGUAA